UCCCCAAACGAAAGAGAUAACGGAAGGAGCCAGCGCGUGCUCUCCAUCGACCAAUGGCAGCUAAGCUGUUAUCCUCGCCGCCUCACCGAAUCUGCUCUCCUUCCUCCCCCAUCAGCACCCGCGGCCCCGCCAGGUCACGGCGGCUAGCAGUGAGCCGUCGGGCGUGUCUGAAGCGGCUUGUGGUCCGCGGCUCGCUCCAGGAGCUCGAGCCUGUGGCUCACCACCUCCACCAGAACCAUGAGUCCUUGUUCCUGCUCGUGGCGGACACGACGGGUUACUCAAUGGCGAGCUACUACACCUCGCUGGGGCUCUUCGUGAUCUCGGUUCCCGGGCUCUGGUCCCUCAUCAAGCGCUCUGUUAAGUCUAAGGUUGUGCAGAGGACAUUCAUUGGUGAAGGGGAAGAGAAGGCGGCGCCGAGUCGGGUUGCAGGGGAAAUCUUGUCGUUCUUCACACGAAACAACUUCUCCGUGACCGACCGAGGAGAGACCAUCACGUUCGAAGGGAUGAUGGUCCCGAGCCGAGGACAGGCUGCCCUGCUCACCUUCUGCACUUGCAUUAGCUUGGCAAGCGUUGCCCUCGUCCUCACCAUCACACUCCCUGACUUCGGCAACAACUGGUUCUGGAUCACAGCCCUGAGUCCAUUGGCGGGGGCAUAUUACUGGAAGAGAGCGUCGAGGAAGGAGCAGAUCAAGGUGAAGAUGAUAGUGGGAAACGAUGGGACGCUAUCAGAGAUCAUCGUUCAAGGGGAUGACCAGCAGUUGGAGGAGAUGAGAAAGGAACUUAAGCUUAGCGAAAAAGGAAUGGUCUAUGUAAAGGGCCUCUUCGAGAAAUCGUGAAUGAUGUAUCUAUCAGUAGACUCAGUCCCAUUAGCUCAAUUUUGCGGAAUAUCAAAAUAUAAUACUCGUACCUCAGAAAUUCGAGCAA